GUCAUAUAUGUCAGCUGUGUAAACUGUCAAACUUGACGACAUUGCGUUUGUUUUAUAAAACUUAUAAUUUAAUAAAUGUAAUAACGUUUGUUAUACUAGAAUAUAGUUAUACUAUAAUAAUUAUAGUCGUAGAUUUAGCUAUUAUUGGUAAACUAUAAGCGGGAUGAGUUCGAAGGCAAAAGAUUACAUUUUCGAACCUUUUAAAGUUACAGAGGUUAAAUAUCGGGGAUUUGCAAGCCCCCGGCCUAGAAGUGGACAUAGGAUAGCAUGUGACGACGUAAAUGUUUACUGCUUUGGAGGCUAUAAUCCAUAUUUACCUUUAAACACUAUACAAAGAAACAAUCCUACUUGGACACCUGCUAUGCCAUUAUUCAAAGAGCUUUGGAGUUUUUCUAUAAGUACUAAGAAAUGGAAGCAGCAUAAAGUAACUGAGAAUAUGCCAGAAGAGUUGGCUUCAAAUGCCAUGUGUAUGAAUGGAAGGUUUUUAAUGAUUUUUGGAGGAACUGGUGCACCAUUUGGAACUAAAUGCAGUAACGAUGUUAUAACUUGGCGCACCUGUGAUGGUGAUGCUAAGCUUCAGAUUUUGGAUGUCACAGGACCAAAGCCUCCAGGCCAGUACGGGCAGUCAAUAUUAUGCCACGAUGGUCACUUUUACACAGUUGGUGGUACUAAUGGAUUUGCAUAUAAUUGUGAUAUUUAUAGGUUAGAUCUCCGAACAAUGAUUUGGGAGCCAGUGUUCAUUGGUACGGGACAAGAAGGUGAACCUUUGGGAAGGUAUCGACAUGAAGUAGUUAGGGUAGGAAACAAAUUGUACAUUAUUGGAGGAGGCACAGGAGAAUUAGCCUUUGAAUUGAUGGAUAUUCCUAUGUAUGAUCUUGAAACAAAUACAUGGACUAAAUUAGUACCUAAAGCCGAUGACUCAAUGAUGGAUACUGUUGUCCCUUUAGGUAGAAAAUGUCACAGUGCAGUGCAAAUAGAUACUUUAAGUGGUGUUCAAGUGUUUGUAGCUGGUGGAACUGAUGGGCAAGCUGUUUUUGAUGACAUAUGGAGGUUAAAUGUGUCAGAUAUGCAAUGGCAUUUAAUGCAAAAGACUGUUCUUCCUCAUCAAUUGUAUUUUCAUUCAUCUACUGUGACAUCCUAUGGUUGUAUGUAUGUGUUUGGAGGUAUUGAACCGAAAGACAAUGAAACUAGAAGAAACAAUAUUCUGUAUAAAGUAUGGUUAUGUAUACCAAAGUUAAGUGAGAUAUGUUGGGAAGCUUUGCUCAGUUUUCAUCCAAGUAUUGACCAUGUUGAUAGGUCAUCUCUGUUAGAUGUGGGUGUUCCAUUGCAUUUUGUAGAUAGAGUACAUCCUCAAUUAAAAUAAGAUACUGAAAAAUUUAUAAUUUAUUU